AUGGAAGAAAUACUACAAAAAGUUUCUACCAGAAAGAAUCUGAAGCUUGGAGAUAUUCGUGUUCAGAUUUUCCGCGAUCUACCUCAGGCAGUGGUAAAACGACGUGCUGCGUUUACUCCAGUAAGAAACCUGCUUCGAGACCAACCCGGAGUCAAAUAUGGACUUCUAUACCCUGCUAAACUCAGGGUGACAUACAACGCCAGUAUUACUCAGGGUCUGAGUGAAAAGGUGUCCAAGUGCUGUGACCUGAAGGCCUACAACCCAGUCAAUGAAAUAUGUUGUCAAUCAACCAUCAUAUCAAAACCUGGACCAAUGGCUGAAUGUUGUGGUGAAGGCCUUUCAAGUGGAAAUACCACCUUCAACAAACCUUCACCAAAGCAUGGAUAUUGUGGUGAAGGUAUGAAACAGCAGUGCUGUGGAGAGACGCCGUAUGGCUCGGCACAACGUGGAGUUCUCUGUUGUAAUAAGACCUUGUACGAGGACAGAGAUGAUGGAGAGGAAUGUUCAGAGAUGGGUAUUCCUUACAACCCGGCUAAAGGGACUAUAUGUUGCUCUCAGUUUCACGGCAGCCCAGGACAACACUGCUGUGGGACAGAAAUUUACUGGCCUCGUACUGAGAUCUGCUGCAAUGGACACAGACAUCUGAAAUCAGAAAACAUUCACUGCUGUGGGGUCAAAGCCUACAACAUUAAAGACCCACAGAUGAAGUGCUGUGCAGGAACACUGUACAAUCUGACAUCAUUAGACAAGCAUGGAGGGAAUGCGCAGUGCUGCGGAUCCAUUCUGCAAAAGCCAGAGGACAUUUGCUGCUCAAGUGAGGACAAAGAGAUGCUCUACUCUGCCAAGACAGGGUUCAGAUGCUGUGGUCACCUUUACUAUAACACCACCCUGUGGUCAUGCUGUGCUGGGGGGCUGAGAAGAAUCCAUGAAACAGGACAGGAUCAGAGAAAGAUGAUUAAUGGAUCCAGACUUCUAUCUGUGAAUAAUCUGAAUAAAAUCGAUCUUUGCAAAGAAAUGCACAUUGGGACUGUGGAAAGUGUGUCGCUGAAGAGUAUUGUGUUCAGGAGUGUGCUGAAGGUCCAUGGGAUGGAGGCCAAAGUGAAAGCUCUGCCUUUCCCUUACAUCCUGGAAAGAGAUGAUCGCUGCAGCUCCCCUAAACUGAUUGCUGGGAAGACGUACUACUUUAACAAAGUUAAUGUUUUCAUUGAUUUCAAUCAUGACUCUGUUUUUCAGUCACUCCAUUUCAUUAUUUCCAAAUGUUCAUCUCAGAUCACCACUGGCUGA